CUCUCUCUCUCUCUCUCUCUCUCUCUCAUUUUGUUUUUUUCUUCUUUUUCUCCACGAUUGACACGCUUGCCGGAGCAGAUAACGCCGGCGGAAAGAUCGCGCCUUUGUAACUGAAGGUAACAAGAGGGGCUAUUCUUGGCAAAUUUGGGGAAAUCAAUUCCGUUUAUCGCCAGCGAAUUGCCUAUCUCUGCAACUCCUGUGUUCAUCGUUUUAAGCUCGCUCUUUCUUCCUUCUCGUCUCGGUUCUUUCCCCUGGUAAGAAUCCGCAAUUUCCCAUUUUCCUCUGUCGCUCCUCUCGAUUCCAUUCCAUUCCCCCGCGCUUAUUUGCCUACAAAUGCCCCUCUACAUUUCCACAAAUCUCCUCUGAUUGCAGGUGUUUGCUUGAUCGAGGCCGGGAGAUGAACAUUUCCUGUUUUCUUUUCAAUUUUUCGCUUCUGGGUGUUUCUAAUUUGGUGCCCUAGAAUCGAUACCAUCGGCAUUUUGAGAUUUUAUCUUCGUUCGUUGCAAAAAUACCGUACGAGCUUUGGUCUUGAAAGUUUGGGGGUUACGAAUGGUCUUAAUUUUCGGGUAUUUGAAUUCCUUCUGGGGAUAAUAGAUUUUUUUUCUUCUUUUUUUCCACCCACAUUUUCGUGUGCUUUGGAUCGGGUUUCUUUCUCCCUUUCUUCUUCACCUAUAUUUAUAAUUGUAACAUAUUUAUCUACGGUCUUUCGAUCCUUGGGGAUUCAGGAUUCUUCUAUCUUGAUUGAAAAGGUUCUUUUGAUCCUAGGGCUUUUGAUAAAAUUUUAGAAUUUUGAUUCACUCAUGCAUGUUCGAUAAAGAAUCGUAGGCCUCGGAGCUUGCAUUUUUAGGCAAGAAGGGGUCUUGUGAAAGCAUACUAUGUCUGUUGCUGAUGUAGCUUUGAGCCCGAUUCGCAAAGAGUCGGUGCAUUCUUCUGGUUAUUUCCAUAGCCGGCUCUGUUCUAGCUCCAGCGAUUCGAUCUUGAUAUACCUCACAAUGUCCGGUUCCGUGAUCCCGAUGCGUGUGUUUGAGUCUGAUUCGAUAGCAUCAGUGAAGCUUAGGAUUCAGACAUGUAAAGGGUUUGUAGUGAGGAAGCAGAAGCUAGUUUAUGGGGGAAGAGAGUUGGCCCGGAACGAUUCUCUCAUCAAGGAUUAUGGUGUGAGCAGUGGCAAUGUUUUGCACCUGGUUCUCAGGCUCUCCGAUCUCCUUGUCAUUACUGUUAGGACGACUUGUGGAGAGGAACUUGAGUUUCAUGUGGAUCGGAAUCGGAACAUCGGGUAUCUCAAGCAGCGGAUUGCCAAGAAGGUGAAGGGCUUUGUCGAUCUCGAGGAUCAAGACCUUUUCUGCAAUGGUGAGAAGCUGGACGACGAGAGACUUAUUGAUGAUAUAUCUGGGAAUAAUGAUGCUGUGGUUCACCUUGUGGUUCAGAAAUCUGCAAAAGUAAGAGCCAAGCCCAUUGAGAAAGAUUUUGAGCUUUCUGUUGUGGCACCAAAUCCGAAUGAGAGGAGAGAUGGAAGGGUAGAUGUAGAAGAUAACCAACCUAAGGAGCUUCCACUAGUGGCUAAGCAGCCGCAGCGGAGAGAUUUCUGGUUGGAACCAAUCAUUGUCAAUCCCAAGAUUAAGCUGCCUUCAGUAAUUUGGAAUUUGAUCAAUUCUACAUCUAAUGGUUUGAAGAAAGGAAACCAACCAAUCAGAUCAUCUGUGGGAUCAGGAGGAGCAUAUUUGAUGCAAGAUUCCUUGGGUCAUAACUAUGUUUCUGUUUUUAAACCCAUCGAUGAGGAACCCCUAGCAGUUAAUAACCCUCAGGGACUACCGGUGUCAUUGGACGGUGAAGGGCUAAAGAAGGGGACAAAGGUAGGAGAAGGUGCAUUUAGGGAAGUCGCAGCAUACAUUCUGGAUCACCCCAGGAGUGGGCCUCGUUCAUUUACGGGUGAGGAGAUUGGCUUUGCAGGGGUGCCCCCAACUGCUAUGGUUCAGUGCCUGCAUCAAGGUUUUAACCAUCCGGAAGGGUACCGGGGCUUGCCAGAAAAUGUUAAGAUCGGGUCCUUACAGAUGUUCAUGAAGAAUGAUGGGAGUUGCGAGGACAUGGGUCCUCGAGAUUUCCCAGUGGAGGAGGUCCAUAAGAUCAGCGUGUUUGAUAUGAGGAUGGCAAAUGCAGAUAGGCAUGCUGGCAAUAUUCUGCUGACCAGAGAUGAGGACGGCCGAACUGUGCUUAUCCCAAUCGAUCAUGGCUACUGCCUGCCCGAGAAUUUUGAAGAUUGCACGUUUGAUUGGCUUUAUUGGCCUCAAGCUCGGCAGCCAUACUCCCCCGACACUAUUGACUACAUAAAAUCACUGGAUGCAGAAAAGGAUAUCGAGCUUCUGAAAUUUUAUGGGUGGGAACUCCCUCCCGAAUGCGCCCGGACGCUUCGUAUCUCCACCAUGCUUCUGAAGAAAGGGGCAGCCAGAGGCCUCACCCCCUUUUCCAUUGGGAGCAUCAUGUGCAGAGAAACCCUGAACAAGUCAUCCAGGAUUGAGGAUAUAAUUGGCGAGGCUCGGGAUUCUGUGCUUCCUGGAAUGAGCGAAGCUGCGUUUCUCGAAACUGUCUCCCUCAUCAUGGAUUCCCAUCUCGACAAGCUUGCGAAAUAAUUGCCGUGGGUCUGUAGGUAUAUAUUUGUACGUAUAGAGUGCAAAACCGGUCCACUUUUUUGAUGGACUGUGAUGUAUGUAGGUUGUAUGAGAUGUGGAUGGAACUUUUAUUUUCCUUUCCACUUUGUUCAUUCAGCCAUUUGGAAUGUACCAAGAGGUCUGGACAGAGGUUUAACAUCAUAUGAAUAAAUAUAUGUACUGUUUAUUCUAUUA